AUGGUGCGGCGUCCACUAAUCACCACUUCGGAGUGGUGCUAUUGUGCUAUCUGUGGUGGUCCAUUCGAGCCGACUUAUUUCAUCAGUGAGAAGUCCAUGAUAGGGUGUGGCUACGAUCCUAAAGUGAUUAGCAAAAGAGGAGCCGCCUGGGUCACGGAAGUCCGUCUGCUAUUAGAAAGUAUUUCCGCGGAAAAGAAGGGUUAUAUAUCUGGUAGAGGGAAAUAUAAUUACUUAGGGUAUAUUGAGCUCGAUGGCACGGAUGCGGAAAACUUAGAUAUCCCCAGCACGUUCAAUUACACUUGCUACAAAUACGACUCUGAACCACAGCCCUUAGGCGCCAUUCCCUUCCAUUGGCCGUGCUACGAAAUAUUGGCCCGCCGCAUAUAUCCCGACGUGAACAAACCAGUUCAGCAUGUGGACCUAUCACGGCUUUACCGUGAGUACUUCACUGGCGAAGAGUACUUCAUCGCAAACCCAGCUCCGUCAGCCGAAUUAACACUUGAAAUCGCGAAGAUUAUAGUGCUAGUACCAAUUCUUAAACCACUGCCGCUCGUGGACCUAAGCAGCCGAGUGAUAGACGACCCGUUCGAAAACCUAGGAGACGAUAUCAUCUUCAAUAUUUGUCUAUACCUCCGUGCGGAGGGUAUUAUUGCCCUUGCUAGAGCGUCUUAG